AUGGCGCCUAAAAAAGGACGUAAAGGAAAGUCCAUUAAUACUACAGCGAAGAAGAAUAAGAAAGAAGCGAUUGAUAAUCUAGAUAAGGCUGAACAUGCUAGCAACCUCGAUGAUGAUGCUCGUCUAAAUGAUGAUAAGGUCGCGGAUGAAGUGGAUCCAUCUACAAUCCAGCAGCAACACAUCGAUCAAGAUGAAAUGCCUGAAAUGGUAUCAUUUAAUCAAUCGAAGGAAGAUGCAUACAAAUUAAAAGCCGAAUAUUCCAAAGUGAAACAACGGAUUAAAGAUAUUCGUAAGGAAAAGCAAAAUAGGCAUCAGGUUACCAAGGCCAAGGAAAAAUCGACACGCGAGAUCUUACCACUUGAUGUUCUUCAAGCUGCUAUAAAAUAUAAAGAUAGAAAAGAAGUGAAGAUCAUUCUAUUAAUCCUGUAUAUUGCGGGUAGUGUAAAAAAUUCUAGCGCUCUUACUAACAAAGUACAAGUCUACAAUCGAAAACUGCCGACUUCCAAAAAGCAAACUAGAAAUAGAAAAUUUCGAGCGAAAAAAGGGCCCGCUAAAGGAACUUCAUUUGUCAACAUAUCAAAAGAUAUGCCCAUAGAGGUUUCUAACACUACUUCAAAAUUCCUGAAUAAUCGCUUAUUUGGUACACGGAUUACAAGAAAUAGUACUAUGAACGUACUGUCCAACAAAUACAAGAACAGAAGUCAUCGGCCUGCAAUCAAGUUUAAGAAAACUUAA